AUGGACGCCCUCCUCACGCCGGCGACGUAUGGCGCGAUCGCGCUCAGUGCAAUGUGCUACGCUUUCUUUGCGCGCGCCAACCAAGCGCCGUCGCUCUACCACCAAACGAACCUCGUCAAUACGCAGCUCCUGCAAAAGACCUCGAUGCUUUGGGAGAAGUACCGGCCGUCGUGGUUCCUCCUCAACGGGCACCUGCAAACCUUCCUCGUCGCGCUGGGCUGCGACACCCCGCGGGUGCACUACACGCGUGAAAUUCGACCUCUCUCGGACGGCGGCAUCGUGUCGCUCGACUGGGCGACGCACCCUGCCGGCACGCCAUACGCCAAGGACCACCCGACUGUGCUUCUCUUGCACGGGCUGACGGGCGGCAGCAGCGAGGUGUACAUUCGCGCGACCGCCGUCAAGCUCCUCGCGGCGGGCUGGCGCGUCGUCGUCAUGAACGCGCGGGGCUGUGCGCAGACCCCCGUGCGCACGCCCAAGCUCUUUUGCGGCGCAUAUACGCAGGAUGUGCGCGAGACGGUGCAGUAUUUACGCCAAGUGCACGUGCCGACGGCGCCGCUGCUCGCCGGUGGUUUCUCACUCGGCGCCAACAUUCUGCUCAAAUUUGUGGGCGAAGAAGGCGACAAGUGCCAGCUCUCGGGCGCCAUCUCGGUCGGCAACCCAUACGACAUGCUGGCCUCGAACCGCAACCUCGAGUACUCGUGGCUGCACAACGUCAUUUACAGCACGGCACUCACCAACAACCUCCUUAACCUCUUCUUCAAAAAGUCGAACGCCCACGAACACUACGUGAACGACCCGACGAUUGACCUCGCGGCGCUCCGGGCCUCGAAAACGGCGGCCGAGUUUGACGAGCAGCUCACCCGGCGCGUCUUUGGGUACGCGACCGCGAGUGACUACUACCGCGAUGCCUCGAGCAGUCAGUACAUCAAGGGCGUGCGCAUCCCGACCUUGUGCUUGACCGCCAAGGACGACCCGAUCUCGAUCUACACGGCGAUCCCAUACGACGACGUUCUCGCCAACCCGCAUGUGAUCUUGUCGGUGACCAAAUACGGUGGGCACCUGGGGUUCUUUACAGGUGCGAGCCCCUUCGCGUACCCGGACAUGUGGUCGUCGUCGGUCUUUGCCCAGUUUUGCAAUGCUGUCGACGAGCUUGAGCAUAAUGGGUCCCCCUCCAAGGCGCGUGUCGCUCUGCAAGAAACCAGUUAA